CAGUCUUCUCCAGCACAUCGUCGCAAACGGGGCCGGAAAGCGUGGCGGCGCAGGCGCAAGCGCAGAGAGCGGAGGCGGUGGUGGUGGCGGCCGCUGGCCAGUGUAAGAUGGCGGCGGCGGUGGUGGCGGCAGUGGACGGGGCGGCUGGGCGUGGAAGAGUCGGAGCAGCCUCUGGCAGAAGGAUGACCCAAGACAGGAAGCAGGCUGCUGAGCCUCGCCGGCUCCCGUGCUUGUAACUGCCCCAGCCGGACACCCCCCCCUUGACCUACCCGGUCCGUGUCUCGUUCCGGCUUGGCCUGCCCCCCUCUCCCCUGGCCCACUCCUCUUCAAGAUAGGUUUGACUCCUUUCCCAAGCUCCCAGGGCUCAGGGCUUCUUCCCCUGACCUGAGUCACCGCCGGGAGGAUUGGCUGCCUUUCCCUCAGUCCUUCAGUGAAUCUACAGACCUAUUUUCUCAGGAGCUCAGCCUGGCCCUACUUCAGUGAUAAAGGAGGAAAGGCUGGCUGCAGUAAACAUCAUUCAAGAUGUCCAGCAAAGGGAGCAGCACAGAUGGCAAAACAGACUUAGCUAAUGGAAGCCUGUCUAGCAGUCCAGAGGAGAUGUCUGGUGCUGAGGAGGGGAGGGAGACAUCCUCAGGCAUUGAAGUGGAGGCCUCAGACCUGAGCUUGAGCUUGACCGGGGAUGAUGGUGGCCCCAACCGCACCAGCACAGAAAGUCGAGGCACAGAUACAGAGAGCUCAGGUGAAGACAAGGACUCUGACAGCAUGGAGGACACUGGCCAUUACUCCAUCAAUGAUGAAAACCAAGUCCAUGACCGCUCAGAGGAAGAAGAGGAUGAAGAAGAGGAGGAAGAAGAGCAUCCUCGUCGUCGUGUACAGCGCAAGCGGGCAAACCGUGACCAGGACUCAUCAGAUGAUGAGCGGGCCCUGGAGGACUGGGUGUCCUCGGAGACCUCAGUCCUGCCCCGACCUCGCUGGCAAGCCCUUCCUGCCCUUCGGGAGCGGGAGCUGGGUUCAAGUGCCCGCUUUGUGUAUGAGGCUUGUGGGGCAAGAGUCUUUGUGCAGCGUUUCCGCCUGCAGCACGGGCUUGAGGGCCAUACUGGUUGUGUUAAUACCCUGCACUUUAACCAGCGCGGCACCUGGCUGGCCAGUGGCAGCGAUGACCUGAAAGUGGUGGUUUGGGACUGGGUACGGCGACAGCCAGUAUUGGACUUUGAGAGCGGCCACAAAAGCAAUGUCUUCCAGGCCAAGUUCCUUCCUAACAGUGGUGAUUCCACCCUGGCCAUGUGUGCCCGUGAUGGGCAGGUUCGGGUAGCAGAGUUGUCUGCUACACAGUGCUGCAAGAAUACAAAGCGUGUGGCCCAGCACAAGGGAGCAUCCCACAAGUUGGCCCUGGAACCAGACUCUCCCUGUACGUUCCUAUCUGCAGGUGAAGAUGCAGUUGUCUUCACCAUUGACCUCAGACAAGACCGGCCAGCUUCGAAACUGGUGGUGACAAAAGAAAAGGAGAAGAAGGUGGGGCUGUAUACAAUCUAUGUGAAUCCUGCCAAUACCCACCAGUUUGCAGUGGGUGGACGAGAUCAGUUUGUAAGGAUUUAUGACCAGAGGAAAAUUGAUGAGAAUGAAAACAAUGGAGUACUCAAGAAAUUCUGCCCUCAUCACCUGGUGAACAGUGAGUCCAAAGCAAACAUCACCUGUCUUGUGUACAGCCACGACGGCACAGAGCUCCUGGCCAGUUACAAUGAUGAAGACAUUUACCUCUUCAACUCCUCUCACAGUGAUGGGGCCCAGUAUAUUAAGAGAUAUAAGGGCCACAGAAAUAACGCCACAGUAAAAGGCGUCAAUUUCUAUGGCCCCAAGAGUGAGUUUGUGGUGAGCGGUAGUGACUGCGGGCACAUCUUCCUCUGGGAGAAAUCAUCCUGCCAGAUCAUUCAGUUCAUGGAGGGGGACAAGGGAGGCGUGGUAAACUGUCUUGAGCCCCACCCUCACCUGCCUGUGCUGGCAACCAGUGGCCUAGACCAUGAUGUCAAGAUCUGGGCACCCACAGCUGAAACUUCCACUGAACUUACAGGGUUAAAGGAUGUGAUUAAGAAGAACAAGCGGGAACGGGAUGAAGAUAGCUUACACCACACCGACCUAUUUGAUAGCCACAUGCUCUGGUUCCUCAUGCAUCACCUGAGACAAAGACGCCAUCACCGGCGCUGGCGAGAACCUGGGGUUGGGGCCACAGACGCAGACUCGGAUGAGUCUCCCAGCUCCUCAGAUACAUCGGACGAGGAGGAGGGCCCUGACCGGGUGCAGUGCAUGCCAUCCUGAGGCCUCGUACCCAGGAGGGGCAGGCUGGGGCUGCCAACCCGAUCCUGCCUGGGCAGCCCUUUCCUGUCCCAGGCUCUAACAUUCAGCAGAAACGCACUUUGGACUUUUUUGCUUUAGAUUUAAAAAAAAAAAAAGAAAAGAAAAGAAAAAAAAGAAAAAAAAAAGACAUCCCAGGAGGACAAGCCAGAGGGGAGCAAACCUACAGAGCAUCUAGAAGUGGGAAUUGAGCCCUGGAAUGGGGUUCCAUGGAGAGGUGCAUAGGACUUGGCAGAAAUGGCCUCUCCCCAAAGCCUUUUUUUUUUGGGAGGGGGGAGCCUAUUUUGUUAACUGGUUUGGGGUAGGGAAUGGGGUUUCCUUUUCUUUGAUCUCCCUUGUUUCUUGGGUGGGGGGUGGGGGGAUAACUGGCUGUUCAGUACCAAGGGGCCAGACUGGGGGUGGUAGAAAUGCCACUCUCUCUUUGGUUUAGGUUUUUGACUUUAUUUUCUUUAUUUUUUAAAAUUCUAUGACAGUUGCAUUGUUUUUUCUUCCCCCUGAGCAAGCAACCCCAUCCCAGGAUCCUGUUUUUCUGGGGAGUCCUUAGAGCCCCUAACCAUCCCACACUCUUCACUUUCUUUUCCACCCCAUUCAUUCUCUGUACUUAUCACAGUGUUUUGCACUUGAUUAUGUAUCCUUCACUCUCUUCUCUUCAUCCCAUCACCCCCUCAGUAGGUCUGGUGAGGGAGGUUGGGGGGAGGUGGGAGGAGGGACAGAAGUGGAAGAAUAGGAAGGUGGUUACCUCUUCUGUUACUUAAAAAAAAAAAAAGUUGUUUGGUGGCAGCAAUCUCCCUGUCCCUAUCACUGUUAGAGGCCUAAUUUUAUAUCUAUAAAUAUAUUAAAAAGCAAGUCAAAAUUGGAUGUAUCAUGUUAAAAUUAUUGUUGAAGUUUAAAUACCUAUAUAUUCUCUAUGACUGCAAUAAAGGGACUUACAGGAGAGAGUGAGUGAGAGUAAUGAUGUGGAGGUAUCACCUGGGGUCAGCCUACCCUCUGUGCACGGCUACUGGAGAUUAGGGCUUAACCCUUAUGUUUUAGGAGGCUCAAGAAUGGAAGGAUCCUGAAUUCUGCCCUUUCCUGCUUUCCUACCAUGGUUUCAGGGUUGGGAAGCCCCUUUCAUCUCUUUGCUCCAGAUAUCCUACCUCUGCUUAAGUCUUGUGGGGGUUCCCAGGAUGGCUCUGCUAACCAGAGACUGGCUCAUCUUCAAAACUUGACUGAACUGUGACUUCAGGAAGGGUUCUGCCACUGCAGACCGUCUCUCCUAAUACUGUGUGUGACAGAAGACACACUCACUCUUAGCUUUAGCUGCUUGAUUCUUUAAACUAUCCAACUCCACACCAACUCCCUUCCUAAUGGAAGAGUAUAGGGAAAGACCUCCUGGGUUUGACUUUAUACCUUGUCCACCUUUUCCUAUCUUGGGAUUGAAGGACAAGUCAUUAAUCUAAGGAUUGAGUAAGGUGGCUGGGGCUCAGACACCUAUUGUAUCACUGGUCACUAAUUAUCAAAGUCCCAGUUGCAUUCUUGCCCUUAAAUGCUUUUGUUGCUAUUUCUUUGCCCCCAACCAGGAAUUCUGCAUCCUGGGACAGUCAGAUUCUACUAGAACAGGCCAGGAAGGAAGGGAGGAGUGAAAGGGUGGAAUUCCCAGAUACUCCUUCCUCCUGCCCCUUUUCCUAGCAGCUCUCAGACCAGAUGUUAGCUGCUGUACUUCCUCCCUGAGGUAGUGAAUGUGUGGUGACUGUGAGUGGUCUGUGUUCUUAUCGCUGGUGGGGUGAUGGAGUGGGCUGAAACGAUGCACUCUGGAAUUUGUUGUGUAUUUUCUCUCAGUAAAGCUUUUUUUUUUUCCCCCCCUGA